UGGCGUCACGGCGGAGUUGCCAUGGCGGCGCUGAGCGGCCUGGCGGCUGGGCUGGAAUCAUACAGGGGUCGGGACCGCCUGAUCCGAACGCUGGGGUACUGCUGCCAGCUGGUUGGCGGGGUCCUGGUGGAACGAUGUCCAGCCAGGUCAGAAGUGGGGACGCGCCUGCUGACCCUGUCCUCCCAACUCAGCCACUGUAGGACCGUCCUGCGACUCUUUGACGAUGUGGCCAUGUUUAUCUACACGAAGCAGUAUGGCCUGGGGGCCGAGGAGGAGGACAUCUUUGUCCGCUGCGUAUCGGUCCUCGGCAACCUGGCCGACCAGCUCUACUACCCCUGUGAGCACAUCGCCUGGGCUGCUGAUGCCAAGAUUCUCCGCGUGGACUCUGCCCGGUGGUGGACACUGAGCACAGCCUUCUGGGGCCUCUCUCUGCUCCUGGGCAUUGCCAGGUCCUUGAGGAUGGUCCUGAUGCUGAGAGGGAGGCUGAGGGGCCCCACGGUGGCCUUCACCAGCCGGCUGCCGCGGAGCAAGAGGAGGGCCAUGGAGGCCCAGGUCCAGUCGGAGGUGCUGACCCUUCUGAGCAACGCGGCCGAUCUGGCCAAUGCUGUGCACUGGCUGCCUCCGGGCGUCCUGUGGGCUGGCCGCUUCCCCCCGUGGCUCGUGGGGCUCCUUGGGACCAUCUCCUCCCUCCUCAGCAUGUACCAGGCUGUCCGGGCCAGUGGCCAGGGCGAGGCCACCACCCCCUGAUGUGGCCUGGGAGGCGUGGCUGCAGCCAGAACCCCACUGGAGCCCCUUCCACAAAGCAGAAAUCACUUGGUGGGGGGGGGCUGGGUCUAACUGAGCGAAUCAAUGCCAGGUGUAGGGAGUGUCACCUAGAGGACACACGGGGCCACCUCGGGCGCACGCCCAUUCUGGGGCAGGAUGGGGGCAGGGGUGAGGUCUCCCAGGGUCCAAGAGCCAGGGCCUUUCCAGCCAGGCUGGGGCUCCACGUGGGAGGCUUUUCUCAGGGCCAGAGGAGGGGUCCCCAGGCCUUACAUGCAGAAAAGGGUGCCGGGGGCCUCGCAGUGCCUU